UGUCAGGACUGGAGCACUACGAGAGCAGUGGGAGGACGGUCACUGCCCGGCGUCAGACUGUCAAGAUGGAGCUUAUGCCGUGCACUAUCCCAGAACCGGCACUGGAGCCUUCUGGGUCAUGUUUAUGAGGAAUGUCAUCAGCCCGACGCUUAUCCACAGUCUGCGCCACAAAAGAAGACUUCUGCAAAGGUGUGGCCCACUGGUAGGACCCUUUGACUCUCCCCUCCCCCGCCACUGCUCCAGCCAAUCAGAGUCGUACCUGUGAACUCACCUGAAAGGAUUUGCAUGAAGGGCAGAUGCCGCUCGCUGAUUGGCCAGGUGUAGAUGCUCCAGGCAGAGCAGAACCCAGCCUGUGUGAGGGACAGGGUUGUUCCCACCUGGCCCACAGGGCUCCACUAACACUCUCUACCAUCCACCUUUGACUGGAUACAUCAGCACAGCACCCACGGGCCCAUCAGCACAUUCUGAGGAGUGGUCAUUACUGGGAUAUUUCAGGCUACACCCUGACCCCUGAACUUUCCUGCCAUGAUGACUGCAGUGCAGUCGGGUGAACUGGUGUUUGAAUUUGCCAGCAACGGGAUGGAUGAAAUUAAUCAGUUGGAUGACCCCUCUGUAUUCCCGGCCGUGAUUGUGGAGCCAGUGCCGGCGACUGAUCUUCUGCAGGUGUACUCAGGGCUGGAGUCUGAUGAGGUGACCAACGGCAUCAUGGUGGACACAACGCUACAUGUGGUAGAAGAGCCAUCCAUGCUCGUGGGAGGAGUCAACCUGUCUGAAACAACAGUAUCUGGUGCAGAGGACAGCAUGGAGACAAAUGAGGCGGCAGCAGCACUUCUCAAUAUGGAGUCUCCAAAUAACAUUCUGGAUGAAAAGCGAAUGAUUCACGCGUAUGGCAUGUUGGAAGCAGACUUGACAUAUGCCUCGCUCAGACCAGACCAAAUUGACAACAGUGGCCUUGACAUGUCCUUAGACGAGGACACUUCUUCCAUGGAUGAGAUUCCACAAAAGUGCAAUUUCAAACCACAAAAGAAAACCAAAGUGCGGAAGCCGAGGCCAGUGCGCCCCUGCUCGCCCAUCACCACCCCUACCCUGCCACUCAAAAAGAAGAGCAAGGAGGGCAAAGGCAAUACCAUCUACCUGUGGGAAUUCCUCCUGGCUCUUCUGCAGGAUAAAAACACCUGUCCCAAAUACAUCAAGUGGACACAGCGGGAAAAAGGCAUCUUUAAGCUGGUGGACUCCAAGGCAGUUUCCAAGCUUUGGGGCAAACACAAAAACAAGCCUGACAUGAAUUAUGAGACUAUGGGACGAGCUCUCAGGUACUACUACCAACGAGGGAUUCUAGCAAAGGUGGAAGGGCAACGUCUUGUUUACCAAUUUAAAGAAAUGCCUCCUGAUUUGGUUGUCAUAGAGGAUGAAGACCCAGGCUCUGAUGUAAACUAUGGAAACCAAAGAUCCACAAAUGGGAGGUCUGUGGUUCGCAAGGGAAACAGUCGAACCCAUAGCCAGCACCAUCUCCAGGCCAGGAGCAUGAAGAAAGAACCUGAUGAUGAGAUUUUGUACAGACACAUCAAAGAGGAAGAACUGGACGAACAACUACAAUCUGUUCAUAUGCUGCAAGCCAGUCAAGGUGCUCUUAUUCAGGACCCAACACAAGCUAUGAGGAACAUCAGUGCUCCCACAUCUGUUCCCAUGGUUAUGACUUCACCUGGAUCUCUCCAGUCCAUGCCCCUCACAGUUCUGGCCAAUGGGGACUCAGCCACUUCCUCCCCCCCUCGGGUCAUACUCCACACAGUACCCUCUGGCACAGCUGCUGGGAAGGAGAUGCUCACCAUCCAAACAGCCUCUCUAACAGGUGGGGCCAGCAGUCUUCAAGACGGCCUACUUGUCACCAGCCUGAACCCCUCCAUGAUUUCUUCCUCCACUUCCUGUACAUCUCCACCAGGAGUCAUUAGUUCAACUGCUUCAAACAUCAAUGGGCUGCCACGCCUGGUAGCCAUCAACACCACCUGUGGGCAGACUAUGGUGGCUCAGCAGCCUGGCACUGUCAUUGCUACAGUGCUCAAAUCCAGUGACCUCUCUGGGCUGCAGGUCAAAGAGGAGAUGUUGGACCCAAGCUACUUCCAGUCUAUAGUGAACGGUGAUCCAUCACUGGCAGCAAAUACAUUUGAAAAGCUGGAGGUGGGCGAGUCCGAGCUCUCUUACCGAACUGUGAUCAUUGACAGCAGUCAAGAGCACAGCCAAGAGGCUGAAAGUGAAACUAUAAUGAACGGACAUGCCUCCCAGAGCAGCAGCCCCAGUGAAGGCCUGACCCCUGUAGAAGAGUUGGAGGUGCACGGGGAGAUGUCUCUACAACCACAACACAGUCUCAAAAGUCUGGGCGAGCUCCCCCUCUCUCUGCAGUUGCCUGCAAACUUUAUCCAGAUAAAGGCAGAGUCUGCAGAGGCCUGAGGGCAGUGGGACUCCUCACAUGCUCCACCAAGAGCAUUUGAACCAAUUUGACCACAAACUAAAUGUUUCUAUUCCCUCCACAGUAAUCUGAUCAAAGAUCAGAGCAAGGGAUCUUGCAGCACAGUGCUCUUAAAGGUUGUUAAGCUCAGCCUCAGGAUUUAUUGUUUACUCACACAUUUGUGACCAUGUGCCUAAUUUUCAAGAUUUGUGGGAUUGUUUGUUUAGAAUAAAUCCCUGUUGAGACCUGGAAUUACCUUUGAUAGACUUUCACCCAGACAGACACAUGCCCACGAGGAGAAGCGCCAUUGGAUAAACCAGUGAUCUCUAUAAACCAUAUGUGCCAGUUAGUAAAUUACCCUAACAUUAUUUUAUGUUUAAAGAGACUUGCUUUAUACCAGCUUAAACCAAAACAGGAGACUGAAAGCCAAACGGUGCAGUGAAUGAGAUGAGGGCAUGCCCAGUGCAUGUGUGUUUAAACCAGAUACUUUGCUCUUAGAGCUCAGCUGUGUGCCUUACAGGAGGUUUAAAAGCUCAAGACUUUGGAAACAACUUGCAAACGAUUAACAAUGGGCUAAAUUGCUUUCAAGAACUUAUUUCCUCAUUUAUUUUGAUACAACCAUAAAAGCCAUCCAUCCUCUCCCACUAUGCGCCUUAAAACACGGUGUUACUAUGGAAAUGGGCAUUUGUGUGUUCCAAGGACAGUUGAACAUCAAAGCUUUUUGUAUAGUCCAAAGGCACCAUUAAGAUAGUGAGGCACAAGUAGAGAAAAAUAUGCAAGGCAAAGCAAAGUCUAUAUCUUCAAGGUUUAAACUGUGUUUAUAUGAAAUGGAAUAUACUGUAUAAAUACAUGUAUAUGUAUACAUUGAUACAAUUUAGAUUCAAGUUUAUGGCCACAUCAAAUUAUUUAUUUUGUGAAUUUCUAAAUUCUGUAUAAAAAAGCGCAUUUGACUUAUACAUGUGUAAACAUGAGGGAAAUGCAGUGAAUAUAACAGUGAGGAUGAAGCUUACUAUAAAAGAUGAUUACUUCAUUUGAAUAGCACCAGAUACUGUAUGAUGAGGAGGUAUUUUUUUGACUCAAAGCUUAAUCGUACAUUAUUAUACUGCUGUUUUAUUGUUAUAUUGUAGAUACCUUUUUGAUUUAAUCAUGAAUGUGCUUGGAUUCUCCUUAUGGUGGACAUACACAAACCUUUAAGUAUCUAAUCACCAUUGUGCUCUUGAAUUUAUGCCUUUCCUCUGCUUUUCUCUCUCUGCUGCUCCAGUUCAGCCCCAUUUCUCUCUUCUCCUGCUCAGGGGUCAGUCCAGUCUGUGCCUUCUUCAUUUGCUGGCCCACUUUGUUAAGGACCUCUCAGGGCAGCCAUCUGAUUGGCCCCUUGGUCCUGCCUGGAUGAAGCCAUAUUGAUCCUGAGCGGUUUGUCGGCUAAAUUGGUUGUAUUUUCCCCAGACUGUAGCUUCACGCUGAGGGCAUUGAGACAUACUGACCUCCAUCUGCUCCAGCACCUAAGGACAGGACUUAACUGCUGCUUACACAGAGUCUGCUCCGAAUGUAUACAUAUAUUUUUUUUUUAAGUUCGUAUGAAAAUUUAUAAGGACAAUCAAUUUACACUGGGUUACAUUUGCAUUUAAGUCUCAGAUCCUGAGCUGCUUUCUGACUUUCCUGUCUGAGCUAUGUCUGCUAGUUUUUGUUGCGUUAACUGUCUUGGGUUGGCAAUGGAGUUCUUUAUGCUGAAUAUAGAAUAGACUUUUACAAAAAAAAAACAACCGUCAUGCAUAAUUAAAAACGAUCUCUUUCCAUGUA